AAUCAGGAUGCAUGCACACAUAUCGGCAGGUACCUAAACUUUUCUCCGGCUGCACGGUGCAGGCAAGUUGCACUGCACUGCAGCCUGUGCAGGCACUGCGUUGUCCCCUCCGAUUUCCACACCCUUCAAAUUGCCAGCUUCAAUUGCUCCGUCGUUAUUUCCAGCUCUUCAGCAGAAGCUCUUCUCAAACCAGUAUCUACCACCUCUUAAUCAAACCUGAAGAUGGCGGCGUUGACCGGCCAGCAGACCAUCAUCACCCUCAGGUCCGAUGGCCCUGGCGGCUUCCUGAGCGCAGCCAACGGCGCUGCCAGCACAAUCUGGCCUCCACCGCCUUCGGAUGCUGAGAAGCACGCCUUUGGCCCUGAGUUCGGCACCCCCAUUAACUACGGCCAGUAUGUCGGUCUCCUGAGCAACAAUGCCUGGCUGAGCCUGGACGGUUCAUGGACGGCGACCGAUGUCGGCGACCAGCAGUCGUGGCAGAUCGUUCACCCUGAUGACCCGGCUGCCUCUGGCCCCGUCACCAUUGGAAGCAAGAUCAUCCUGAGGUCCAACACCACCGGAAACUUCCUGAAGCCCAACGGCGACGGUCCCGUGAACGUUGACUCUGACACCCCCGAAAACGCUGUCUGGGUUGUUGGUGACUUGAACGGAGUUGAGCAGUAAAUGCUGAGCCUCAUUGACCGAUUAACCUGACCAGAUCACUAUUAAGCGGUCGCUUGCAAGUUAACCUUGUUUACAGUUGUUUCUUUGCGUACAGUGUAGAUAGCCUAAAAUUCUGUGUGUCGCAAGAACACGUCAAACGUUGAGUUAUGGAGAAAAAUCAGACACAAAGGUGUCCGUUCCUUGCCCGGUGAAACGGUGUUGUCAUUUGCAUAGGAUAUGCUAUGAUUCAGUUUGCACUGGCCAUUUGGUCAUUUGUGUGAUAUUGAAACAACCAUGUCGACCCGGCACUCCAGUCUGACCACUGCCAAUGAUAUGCAAAUAUAGGGACU